AUGUCAUGUCAUUUAUCCAAGACCUUUGAUGCUGUGGUCGUUGCUACUGGACGAUACAACGCUCCCAACGUGCCAAAUAUUUCUGGAAUUAAGGAUUGGAAUGACCGCUUUCCUGGCCAUAUCAUCCAUUCGUGUCAAUACCGUCGCCCUGAAUCUAUGGCGAAUAAAACUGUCCUGGUUAUCGGAGCUGCAUCUAGCGGAGGAGAGAUUUCACGGGACUUGAUCACGAACGUUAAGACAAUAUAUCAGUCUAUCAGGCCCCAGAACGCCCCUCUAUUUAUCCGGCAGCUUGAAGUAUUCUUACGCCGCCUUCCUAAAAAUGUGACUCUAGUAGGAGAAAUAAAACGAUUCCACCCUCCAGCGUCGGAAUUUUCCCAAGGACAAGUUGAGCUCAUGAACGGCACCAUUAUCACUGGAAUUGAUCAAAUCAUUUUUACGACGGGAUAUCGCUACAACUAUCCCUUCUUACCCCAAUUCCGCAAUUCAGGAAUUGACAUGAGCGAGGACGUCUCUUACGGCGCUGUUCAACCAAUUGUGACGGACGGAACUCAUUUGCGAUCGUUAUACCUGGAUGUAUUCUAUAUCCCAGACCCGACCCUCACGUUUGUCAACGCUAACCACGGAAUGCAAUCGUUCACUUACGCCGAAUUUACUUCUUUAGCCGUAGCUAAGGUUUGGGCGGGGAAGGCAGAUCUACCUUUGACAUCUGAGCUGUGGCGUAAGUUCCUCGGAGCGGAAAAGACUAACCAGAAUAUCCGUUUCUUUUUGGGUUGGCUCAACAACGCGGCUGUCAAAUACGGAGGAAGGCAAAUUGACAGUCUCUCCAAGGAUGUCGAUCAAAUCAGCGCUACUUGGACUACCGCCCGGUUCACUCGCGACGACGGCGUAGAUAUUCUCAAUGCUGCAGGAAUACCUUCAAAUCUUGCACAAAACAAAGGGAUCUUAGAGGACGGUGCAACACCUUGGGAACUGGAAUCGAUUUUUAGUGACUACUGGUCGCUAUAA